AUGCAAGUAGCUUCUCAAGCAAGAUACACUGUUAAGCGUCGUACCAAUUGUCCACACAUUCAAGAUCAUGUUUCUCCGGAUUGGGCUAAAGUUACAAUUGACGUUAGUAAACCAUGCACCGUUUGUAACGAUGCCAGCGAAAAUUGGCGCUGUUUAGAAUGUCAAGGAGUAUAUUGUAGCAGGUAUAUCAAAGGCCACGCUGCUGAACAUAAUCAAGACACUUCUCAUCCAAUAUCCGUUUCUUUUAGCGAUCUUUCUACUUGGUGUUAUGCUUGUGACGAUUAUGUAACUGAUCCGCUUCUAAAACCUAUCGAAAUAGCUUUACAUCUCUCUAAAUUUGGGACCAUGCCUUCAGUUACAGAAGGUAUUGAAAUUGCGAGUGAGGAGAACACUACAGCAGGUGGGGAGGGAACCAGCGGUUCUUCGUCAAAAGUUUAA